CUAAUCAAAACGGAAGAGGAGAGAGAAAGAAAGGCACAGAUAUCUCUGCCGACUUUCCAUUGAUCGAGCAAAGAUGAUGGUGGAUCUGGGAUCGUUCUCAGAAGAGAACUUCGAUCCCAAGAAAUGGAUAAACAGCGCAUGCCAAUCACGCCACCCUCAGGACCCAUUGGACAAACACCUGGGGGAUCUGGAGAUGAAGCUCCAAAUGAUGUCCGAGGAGAUCGCCGCUUCCCUAGAGGAGCAGAGCGCCGCCGCCCACCUUCGUGUCCCACGCGCCACCCGCGACGCCAAUCGCCUACUCGAAGACGCACUAUCCCUCCGCUCCUCCGUCGCCUCCAUCCUCCAAAAUAUCAAAAAAGCAGAGGGAUAUUCAGCUGAAUGUAUAACUACACUUGCCAAACUUGAUACCGUCAAGCGAAGAAUGGAAGCGGCUUAUGAGACAUUGCAGGAUGCUGCGGGGCUAACUCAAUUAAGUUCGACGGUGGAGGAUGUCUUUGCCAGCGGUGAUCUUCCUCAUGCUGCAGAAACCUUGGCCAACAUGAGGCAUUGCUUAUCUGCUGUUGGGGAUGUUGCUGAAUUUGCCAAUGUUAGGAAACAGCUUGAAGUGUUAGAGGAUAGAUUAGACAAUAUGGUUCAACCUCGUCUCACAGACGCAUUAAGCAAUCGCAAGGUAGAUGUUGCUCAAGAUUUGCGGGGAAUUCUCAUACGGAUUGGGAGAUACAAGUCCUUAGAGCAGCACUAUACCAAAGUCCAUCUCAAGCCCAUAAAACAGCUGUGGGAAGAUUUUGGCUCAAGGCAACAAGUUAAUAAGCUUGCAAGUGAGAAGAAUGAAGUAGAAAGGCUUUCAAGUAUUCAUGAUGUUCAAUCAAGUUUGCCGACAAAGUCGUUUUCAAGUUGGCUGCCAAGUUUCUAUGAUGAGUUGCUACUUUAUCUUGAACAAGAAUGGAAAUGGUGUAUGCUUGCUUUCCCAGAUGAUUAUAAAAUUCUCGUUCCAAAGCUACUGAUUGAGACAAUGGUGGCCAUUGGUGGAAGUUUUGUAGCCCAUGUCAACAUUGCUACUGGAGAUGCUGUUCCUGAAACAAAAUCUUUGGCAAAAGGUAUAUUAGAUGUCUUAUCUGGGGAUAUGCCAAAAGGUGUCAAAGUUCAGACUAAGCAUUUGGAGGCACUGAUAGAAUUACACAACAUGACGGGGAGUUUUGCAAAGAAUACUCAGCAUCUGUUCUCAGAAUCAGAUCUUCGGGUUUUGUUGGACACAUUGAAGGCAGUGUACCUUCCUUACGAAUCAUUUAAACAAAAGUAUGGACAAAUGGAGCGAGUUAUCCUUUCUGCUGAGAUUGCAGAAAUUGAUCUUAGAGGAGCUGUUACUCGUGGGGUUGGUGGCCAGGGAAUUGAGCUCAGUGAAACAGUUCGAAGGAUGGAAGAGUCCAUCCCACAGGUCAUUGUGCUUCUUGAAGCAGCUGUUGAGAGAUGCAUCAACUUUACUGGCGGUUCUGAGGCGGAUGAGCUAAUUCUUGCACUUGAUGACAUAAUGUUGCAGUACAUCUCCGUCCUGAAUGAAAACCUGAAAUCACUAAGAGCUGUAUGUGGAGUGGAUGUUACUGCUGAUGGUGGUGGUUCCAAGAAGGAAUUAGGGUCGGACAAAAAUGAAGGAGCUUCCACUGCACGUAAAGGUGACUCGAUUUCGAAUGAGGAAGAGUGGUCCAUUGUCCAAGGUGCAUUGCAAAUCCUCACAGUUGCAGAUUGUUUAACCAGCAGAUCUUCAGUCUUUGAAGCUUCCUUGAGAGCUACUCUUGCAAGAUUGAGCACAAACAUGUCCCUUUCUGUAUUUGGUUCAAGUAUUGACCAGAAUCAGUCACAUGUAUCUGAUGAUGAUGGAAAUGGGAGAUUGUCAAUGGCUGGUAGGGGGGCCUUGGAUAUGGCAGGUCUCAGGCUUCUUGAUGUUCCUGAAAAGGCUCGAAAACUCUUCAACCUUUUGGAGCAGUCUAAAGAUCCUCGGUUUCAUGCACUUCCAAUUGCAUCUCAACGAGUAGCCGCAUUUGCAGAUGCCGUCAAUGAACACGUCUAUGAUGUCCUCAUAUCCAAAGUACGACAAUGCUUUUCUGAUGUAUCUCGUCUUCCUAUCUGGUCUUUGGUCGAGGAACCAAGCGCCUUCUCUCUCCCAAGCUUUAGUUCAUAUCCCCAGUCUUAUGUGACCAGUGUUGGUGAAUAUCUUCUUACAUUACCCCAGCAGUUAGAGCCACUUGCUGAGGGCAUUUCUAAUACUGAUGCCAAUGCUGAUGAGGGACAAUUCUUUGCAGCUGAAUGGAUGUUCAAGGUUGCAGAGGGUGCUACUGCUCUUUACACGGACCAGUUGCGGGGUAUUCAAUUUAUAACAGAUCGUGGAGCACAACAAGUGUCUGUUGAUAUUGAGUACUUGAGUAAUGUGCUUUCUGCUCUAUCAAUGCCCAUCCCUCCAGUCCUUGCCACAUUCCACUCAUGCCUCUCAACACCAAGAGAUCAGCUCAAGGACAUUGUGAAAUCAGAUUCAGGUAAUCAGCUUGAUCUUCCGACUGCCAAUCUCGUGUGCAAGAUGCGUCGUGUGAAUUUGGAAUGAUGAAUUUUGAAAAUAUGAGGUUAUUAAGUUUUGUCUCUCCUCAUCAGAAGACAUCCUGGCUACUACUCCCCUUGGUCAAAGUCAGAUAGCUGAAAUCAUGGUGGCAACUUGUUUUCUUUUGUAUAUUAGUUGGAUCUCUUGCCCACCUACUUUUACCUUUUUCAAUUUUCAAUUUUCGUUGGAAGUUCUUGUGGCCUUUUUUGGUUCAAUAAUCGAGGGUGUCUAAACCAACUUAUGUGUAUCUCUACUAAUAAUCUUUUUUCCAGUUAAUCAAAGACAAGUCAUUUACGUCAAGAUUAAGAUAUUCAUAAAGGAUAAAU